UAUAUUUGUAAUACAUUGAGUCCCUAUUUCAAGUUUUGACUUGACAUCCACAACACUGGGAAUGCACAACAGCAAAAUAAUUAGAUAAUGGGCCGUGCCAAAUAAUUUUUUUUUACAUGUAACAACAAGUGGACAUUUAAACAUGUUGUUCCUCACAAAUAUCGACAAACCUCUCUCUCCUUCAAGAUUCAAAGAGUUUUGGUAAAAACAUGAGAAAAUAGACAGGUCAAUGCAUAUGUACGUCUCUCUCUGACUCAAACACAGAGAGUCAUGAGCGCAAACCUCUCAGUAGGUGGCGGGACUCCAGUUCAUAGUUCAGGAGGUUGUGGGUUCAAUGCGCCAUUGGAGUGAGUUCUGCACAUAUCAUGGCAGGCGGAGAGAGGGUCGCUCACUUAAUGCGCCUGUUAGCGAACGCGGCAUGCAGAUGUCCCGCUCAUUCUCAAGCGUAUUCAAACAUUCACCAUCGAGUCUCUGCAGGUGAGCGUCACACGUGUGACCGGAAAACGGACUACGCGUUUGAAAUGGCAUGUUCGAAUAUCAGAUUUGGGGCAGGAGUGACCAGAGAAAUUGGCAUGGAUUUGCAGAAUAUGGGAGCUCGUAACGUGUGUCUGAUGACGGACAGAAAUCUGGCCCGCCUGCCACCUGUCGCAGCAGUGCUGGAGUCAAUGACGACCCUUGGAGUGAAAUAUCAGAUCUUUGAGGAUGUGAGAGUAGAACCAACAGACAAAAGUUUUAAAGAAGCGAUUGCUUUUGCCAAAAAGGGACAUUUUGAUGUGUAUGUUGCUGUGGGAGGGGGCUCCGUGAUUGACACCUGUAAAGCCGCCAACCUGUAUGCAUCUCACCCAGACGCAGAAUUUCUGGACUUUGUAAAUGCACCAAUUGGAAAAGGAAAACCUAUUACAGGGACAAUGCGGCCCCUUAUUGCUGUUCCCACCACAGCUGGUACAGGCAGUGAAACCACAGGUGUGGCCAUCUUUGAUUUGGAAGACAUGAAGGCUAAAACUGGCAUAGCGAGUCGAGCAAUAAAGCCCACGUUGGGUAUGGUGGAUCCAUUGCACACUCUUCACAUGCCGUCCCGUGUGGCAGCUAACAGCGGGUUCGAUGUGCUAUGUCAUGCACUAGAGUCUUUUACUGCGUUGCCUUACAACCAAAGAAGUCCGUGCCCACCCAACCCCCUGAAUCGCCCUGCCUACCAGGGUAGUAAUCCAAUCAGUGAUGUAUGGGCAAGACACGCUCUCAAGAUUGUUGCCAAAUACUUGAAACGGGCGGUGCGUGACCCAGAAGAUGUGGAGGCUCGGUCCAGCAUGCACCUGGCUAGUGUGUUCGCAGGAAUUGGUUUUGGCAAUGCUGGAGUCCAUUUAUGUCAUGGAAUGUCAUACCCUAUUGCCGGGAAUGUCAAAACUCACAGAGCCAAAGGCUACAAUGUAAACCAUCCUAUAGUGCCUCAUGGACUGUCUGUUGUUCUCACAUCUCCUGCUGUUUUUGCCUUUACUGCCAGCAUGUGCCCAGAGCGCCACCUGGAGGCAGCACAGAUACUAGGUGCUGACGUGACUAAGGUUAAGAAAGAAGACGCUGGCCGUUUAUUGGCUGACACUCUUAGAAUGAUUUUAUAUGACCUGGAUGUGGAGGACGGCUUGUCUGCCAUUGGCUACACUAAAGAGGACAUUCCAUCUUUAGUGAAGGGCACUAUCCCUCAGGAGAGGGUCACUAAAUUGUCCCCGAGAGCUCACAGUGAAGAGGAUUUGUCUGAUCUGUUUGCUGCCUCCAUGAAGCUGUAUUGAGUGUCCAGAAGGACGCUAUAGCACUGGACUGAAAACCAACACACAGAUUUCUCAGAAACACAGACUCUAAUUGGCUGUGGUAACUUUAUUAUGUAAGCAAAAACACUGAGCUAAGUGCACUGACUUUUAAUCCUUUUAGUGUGACGUCACGGCUCACAGCGAGACAAGCAUUGAGUUUUAAAUAAAAUGCAGAAACUGUACUGUCAGAUACUGUAGUUUUAAAUAAUGGACAUGUUCUUGUGUUUCUUUCGAGAUUCAUCAGUGAAUGAUUAGCACAAAUUUGGUUGAUUUGAAAUUCAUUAAUCUUAUUAAAUCUAUUGACUAUA